UGAGCCACACAACCAAACAAUUUCAUGUAGUAGACAAACUCUUUUUGACUAACAACAACAUGCAAAGUGAGGAUGUUGAUUUGGAUGAUUCGGAUGAAAGUGAGUCUGAGAAUCGUCCCGUUUUUGUCUCCUCGUCGACAUCACCUCCUCCAAAACCGUUUAUUUUUAAUAGGAGAAAAGUAAUAUUCCCUCAGAAUCAGAAAGUUAAAUUUUUCCACUCGGACCCCACCAUUUCGCACGAUAUUCAGAAAGUUAUAGAAAAUAGGACGUAUGAAAUGUCUUAUCCGUUAAAAAAUAGGGGUAGGCCGUACCUGGAACCAUCGCCGAGACGGAAGUUUAGAACGAACUCGACGUCUUCGAGCGAGUCGAAAGUUUCCGUUAGUUCCAGUGUCAGUCGUGAAAGUGAGGAUUUCGUAGAACAAGAACUUUCUCCAGAUUUAUCAUUAGCUGACGAUAAUAACGUAACGACGAUGAAUACUGAGCAGUCUCAAAUAAACCAGAAAAAAAGUGACGUUGCUGUCUUGUCUGAUAAAAAUAACCAAACUAUUCGUGCUUUUACUAACCCAAUGUUUGUCUCGGAAUCUGAAAUUGAUGAUGAUUCCGCCACUAACGCUACUGCUUUCUCGUCAUCAUCGCUUAACGAAUCUGAACAAGAUUCAAUAUCCGCAAACAAUACGCAUAACGCUUCAGAAGACUUUACAGACUCACAAGUGACGAAUGACGAUGAACCAAAUGUCUAUAAUAAUGGUGAGAGUCGGCAACAAAGUGACGAACCAGACUACAAUGAAUUAUCUCAUGAUUCGCAGAAAAUUCAGCAUGAUGACAUGGAUUCAACCAUGUCUUCCUCUUCUGCCACCAUUGUUGUCAGUAGUACAGAUAACGACGCAUAUUACCACCAAGAAUCUGAUCCUCACAGUGAAACCCCGACAGAAAUGACCUCCACAACAACAACGACUACUAAACCAAGGAGGAAAUUUGAACGAAAAUUUUUCCCAAUUAGCACUCUGACCAAGAAACCAGCCAUCCGUCGCCCAGUCCAACCAAGCACAAUUUCUAAACACAUUCCAGACCCAGAUCCAGAUACGACCUAUUCUUCAUCUUCAUCUGCCAGCAGCGACCUCAUAAAAUCAGACCCACCUCUUGACCCAAUUGAAAUUUCAGAUCUUAAAGCCACUUCUCAACCAGACUUUGAACUCGAAACCCAAAUAGAAGCCCCCUCCACGACAGAGUUUGACAGUUUCGAGGCCACGGCCCCCACCAAACCUGAAAUUUUAGACUAUUCCCCCACCACCAAUACUUCAUUAGAAACCUAUGAAGAAAGUGGUUCUGCAGAAAAUAACUCUUCUUUUUCCGAUUCAAAAGAAAUCGGGGCCGGUUACAGGUUAAAAAUCUACUCCAAAAACGACUUUGAAAUCAAAAGUAGUCAAGAAUAUGUUCCCACCGCGCAGGAGAUCGCUAUCGCGAAAGAAGGUGGUGCAAAAUCGGGUGGAAAUUUAGAGUUUAUUUUGCCCAGAAGAGCAGUACCACUAACUCCCCAUUCAAAUUUUAACUAUAAACCUUUUUCUUUACCGAAUGCAGAACCACUAAUAGGCAAAAGUUUGACUAAUAAAGAAAAGCGUAGGAUGAUGAGAAGGCUCCGAAAUAUGAGGAGAGUUAGGCCCUCCAUUUUUACUAGUCAUCAUCACAAUUGCAAUACUCCUCCGCCAUUUAAAAUAGACGAUAGGUCACAACAGUCUUCUUCUCUCCCAGUUAUUUUAAAGGUAGCCAACGCCACAAUGUUGGCAGCAAGUGUUGUCAACAGUACUACUUUAAGUAAUAUCAAGACUGAUGAGGAAAUCCUCACAAAAAGUGACGAGAACGCCACAACUACUCCAAUAAUCCCUUCAGAAAAUAUACCCCAAAGACGAAGAAGGAUCAAUCUGGGUCCAAAAUCACCACCUCCGAAUAAAACAUUCUCCGUAGCAGAGUGGCGACGAAGACAAAGACAACGUCUCCUGAAACACAAGAGGAUUAAGUCCAAUAGACCAAGCCAAUUUACAGAUUCCGCAGCUUAAAGAGAUUUUUUUUCAUGCUUCUGAUCACCGCAGUACAAAUCAAUUAUUUAUUUCCGCACCCACACCCACACAAAUCCAACUCAAGUUACGCCACGUAACUUGCACACGUGACCCAUUGCACCACUGCAAAAAACACGCACUGCACAGCGAUCCCACAUCACCACCGGAAUCCAAUAAGCUGUCAUAAUCUAGAUACUUAACCUCCAAAUGUGUUCAUUCA